AUGGCAUCUUUACCAUCAUCGUCUUCUUUAGCUCUGGUCUUUUCUUCUGAGGUGUGGAAGUACCAUGUUUUUCUUAGUUUUAGAGGAGAAGAUACUCGUAAGACUUUUGUAGGUCAUCUCUACACAGCUCUUGAACAACAAGGGAUCUACACUUACAAAGACGAUGAAACACUUCCCCGGGGCGAAUCAAUUGGCCCAUCUCUUGUGAUGGCUAUCGAAGAAUCACAGAUAGCCAUCAUCAUAUUUUCUAAAAACUACGCAGAUUCUUCAUGGCAUGAGUCAAAGUGCAUUGAAACAGUUGUUUACACAAUUUCACAUAGGUUACGUCUGAUAAGUACUUCAAGUGUGGAUGACAACCUGGUUGGAGUAGAGGCUCCUAUGCAAGGUUUGAUAUCAAAGUUACAAAUUGGGUUUGGUGGUAAGAGAAUGAUUGGAAUAUGGGGGGUUUGGGGUGGUGGUAAGACUACUCUUGCCUCAUGUAUAUAUGAUAAAAUAUCUAGCAAGUUUGAUGGUUGCUGCUUUCUAAAAAAUAUUCAGGAGGAAUCGAGUAAUAAGAAUGGUUUAACAAAGCUGCAAGCAGAAAUUCUUUGUGGUGUUUUGAAACUAAAGCAGUUGAAGUUAAAGAGAGUCGAAGAAGGAAGACGCAUGAUAAAGGAUAGGUUACAACAUAGAAAGGUCCUCAUUGUUCUUGAUGAUGUCGACAACCUUGAGCACCUAGAAGAGUUAGCUGGAUCACGUGAUUGGUUUGGUGAAGGAAGCCGAGUAAUAAUCACCACUAGAGAUGAGCAUGUAUUAACUGGACACAAAGUAGAUGUGAUACACAAUAUUAGUUUAUUAAACAAUGAUGAGUCUAUGAAGCUCUUUUGCAAGCAUGCACCCCGGGGUCACAAAACUAUAGAAGAUUAUGAGCAGCUUUCAAAAGAUGUGGUUUCAUAUGCUGGUAGGCUCCCAUUAGCACUUAGAGUUCUGGGUCGUUUUCUAUGUGACAAAGAGAUGAAUGAGUGGAGGAGUGCCUUGGCUAGAUUGAAAGAAAUACCAGAUGCUAGUAUUCUCGAAGUGCUAAAAAUCAGCUUUGAUGGACUUAAACCGAUUGAGAAAGAGUUGUUCCUUGAUAUUGCAUGCAUAAAGGUGUUGGUACAAAAGGCUCUCAUAACUAUUUAUGAGGAUGGAACAUUUGAUAUGCAUGAUUUGGUACAAGAGUUGGCACACUAUAUUGUUGGAGGGGAACACCCUAAGAACCCUGAAAAAAUUAGUAGGAUUUGGAAGGCAGAAGAUGUUCUGACACUAUGUGCAAUGGAUGCAACGAUGGAACUUGACAAGAUUGAAGCUAUAUGUGGUCACCAUUUAAGGAGUGAUGAUACACGUGUUCUUCAGGUCGCUGCAAACAUGAAAAAACUUCGGUGGAUAAGUUUGAACUUUGAACUGCUAGAAGAUGGAUCGGAUGAGACCACACAUCCAUUAAUGCCAGAAAAUUUUGCAUCAAGGGAGCUUUGUUGUCUAACAUUGCGUGGCUUUCAUGCAAAACAACUUUGGGAGGGUUAUAAGCCGCAUGCUCCACAUGGUUGGGGUUUUGGCUGGUAUCCCUUACCAGCAGCAUCUCAGCAGCGAACUGGGCCUCCAACCAACAGUUCCGCUGGCUUGCUUCCGCUCCCACAUCAGAUGUCGGCUCAAUUUCCUGCUCCCUUAGCCCAGAUGCAGUUCCGGCCCAUUCAACCAACAGCGCCUCAGGCUGCGUUUUCAGCUUCUCAUCAACCGAUCAACCUCCUUGGAAUGGUUCCAAAAAUAAUGCAACCUGAUCAAGCGACUGCAUUGCCCACAAAAUGUUCAACACUAUGA